AUGAGUGGGCCCAACCACACAGGCACUGCGCUGCCUCCUCCUCCCUUCUUCUUGGUGGGGAUUCCUGGACUGGAGUCUGCUCAUGCGCCCAUCUCCUUCCUGUUCUGCGUGAUGUACAUGCUGGCGCUCCUGGGCAAUGGGACGGUUCUCCUCGUCAUCUGCCUGGAGCGCACGCUCCACCAGCCCAUGUACCUGCUUCUGGCCAUGCUCUCCAUGGUGGACGUGGGCCUCUCCACCUCCACCCUCCCCAAGACACUGGCUGUGUUCUGGAUGGGGGCCCACGACAUUGGCUUCCACGCAUGCCUGGCCCAGAUGUUUUUCCUCCAUGCCUUCACUGCCUUGGAGUCUGGCCUCCUGGUGGCCAUGGCCUUCGACCGCUACGUGGCCGUGUGCGACCCGCUGCGGUACACGGCGAUCCUCACCGACUUUGCCAUUGCCAAAAUGGCUGUGGCCAUAGUCAGCCGGGCGCUGGCUCUCCUGAUUCCACUGGUCCUGCUGGCAAUGCGCCUCCCCUUCUGCAGGAGCAGGGUCAUUGCCCACUCCUUCUGCGAGCACAUGGCCGUGGUCAAAUUGGCCUGUGGGAACACCAAGCUCAACAGCGCCUACGGGCUGGCGUUGGUCGCCAUGGUGUUUGGGCUUGAUGUCUUCUUUAUUGCCUGGUCUUAUUGCCUCAUCCUGGGGACAGUCUUCCGGCUGCCCUCAAGGAAAGCCCAGCGAAAGACGCUCAGCACCUGCAGCUCCCACCUCUGCAUCAUCCUGCUCUUCUACACUCCAGCUGUUUUCUCCUUCUUCACCCACCGCUUUGGCCAUGCUGUGGCCCCUUGUGUUCACAUCCUCCUGGGCAACCUCUACCUCUUUGUUCCCCCAGCACUGAACCCCAUCGUCUAUGCCUGGAGGACGAAGCCCAUUCGCCAAAAAGUCCUCAGCGCUUUUCGACUUUGCAAGGGGUGA